AUGUCUCAACGCUUGGGUCAGCUACAGAGUUCGCGGCCAACAAUUGAGGCUCGGACACAAUCACACCCAUAUCGAAUGCCUUUCUCCGACGCGUCCGCGAUGGAUAGGCUUCCCAAUGAGAUAUGGCAGAUGAUCCUCGAUCGCGCAAUGAUCCGUGAUGCCCCUCUGUGUAUACAUGACUUCCUGUCGGCCACUGGGGUCGCAAAACGGUCCAUAGAUGCCGAAAAUAAGCGAAAAAGAGAGCAGCGAGAUUGUAACCACAUUACUCCUAAAGCGAGACAAUCGCGGACGAGGCCUAACAGAGUCCGUGUGUUGACGAGGAAUGAUCCAGAGGGCGAAGAGCCGCUCCAAGCAAACUCUUCCCUCGCACCCACGUCUACAUCGCUUUUACACAACCUCCAUAAGAGCCAGAAACCGCAUUUUCUCGACUGGCAACUCAUUAACGGAACCUGCCAACUUUUCCGCAAAUUAGGAAAAAGAUCCUUCUUCGCCAACAAAACAUUCGCCAUGGAGCCGGCAAUCUCCGAGAAGCUCCAGCAAUGCAAAUUAAAACAGCUCAGUGUAGAAAACCAGCAGAUGGCAGUUCACUACAUCAGAUCAGUCAUAUUCAUCGAAACGUGCUUAUUCUCUCCGAGAUCCAUAUUGUUACUACCUCGUCGGGUCGCCAUUUUCCCGCGCCUUCGAUGGCUCGACCAUCUCUUUGCAUAUGCUGCAGACUCCCCUUCAAGCCCGGAUGAAGUGCUCUAUUCUAUCUCUACACGAAAGGCGCUUGUGUCGCCUCUUCACGACUUGCUUUGUGGUAUUGGCGUCCCCACGGACAGACUGGAGCUUGGCUCCAUGCGUAAUAAGUACGUAUCAUGGGAAGAGCUUGAAGCUACUUUGCGGAGCGACAUAUAUCCCAUGCUGAGAUUCGUGGCCGAAGCGAAGGCGCGACAGAAAAAGGUAAAAGUGUGAGGGCCCCAAGACCCUCACACCUUGGGUUAUUUCCUUCCAGCUUGCUCGGAACACUCUACAGGUGAUAACAAUGGGAUCAUCGUUCUACUUUUUAUCAAGUUUAUCAAAUGAAGGGAUAUGAUUGGCAUCGAAGAUCACCUCUGAAGCUUCAUCAGAUAUCCGAUGCAUUUAUCUACAGAGUGGGGAGUGGUUGAGGUUCGGAGAAGAACCACCGCCUUCUAUUCAUUUCAAUCAGACAAGAAGAGGAAGAGGGUUUGCUGAGAACAGAACGACAGGAGGUACGCAUGCAAAGAACAACAACUUUCCAUACACUGUCCAGUGUAAUCGAUCACGCCAUUCUUUGCCAUUUGAAUGAUCUCAGAUACCUCUACUCCAAAAUCUGGAUAACCCUGCUAUCCUCACCAAACACAAACUGGCAGCUAUCUUUAGUUUCCUUCAAAUAUUUCUCACCAGAUUCCAUUUCUAGCAAACCAUCCCUCAGUGUGCUUUGGGCAACUAGCUGGAAAGGACUGAGCAUUCAGUUAUCACAUAUUUAUCGCAUUAUGCCGUCAUUAGACAUACUAUCCCACGUGUUAACUGGCAUGUUGAUAAUUCAGAUUGCAAAGCCUUACAGGCUUAGUCAUAUUAUCAGCAUUAAUGGGGACUGUACCUAAGUCUCGGGUUGGAGGUUCCUGAGGAACCAUAGCAGAGCUGGUAGCAUGGUUGAUAGGACGCCUGUUAGGUGUAAAUUAACUACAUGAUAAAGUUGUCAAA